GCGCUAUGGAGGAAGGAAAGGAGCCGGCGGCACGCGGUGCGGGUGAUGUGGUGGGAGAAGCACGGGAUGUUUGCUCGAGCAGCGGUAGGUGAAGAGCGUGUUGGGGGUUUCCUGGCGAGAAUCGCAGUCUCCAGGGUUGGAGGAGCUAAAACUUUACCAUCUGGCAUCAGCUUCACCAAACUGUCAAAGCAUAAUGCAAUCAUUUUCAUUGCAAAUCCCCAGUGUGACAAAAUCCUUGUAGUUUCAGACUGUCCUCUUCUGACUGAUGAGAAGUUUGAUUUUGACCUUUCACUCACUUCAGUAAGUGGAAGUGAAGAUGAAGUUUUUGUGGGACCUUUGGGACACAAAGAAAGAUGUAUUUCUGCCAGAAUGGAAGCAAACAAGAGUGUCUCUGUUUUUGAUGAUAAACUUGUGUGGAGCCCGCUUCAAGGAGAGAAAUUUGUAGAAAUUUUCAAAGAAGCUCAUUUGUUAGCACUGCAAAUAGAGACUGGAAGCAAGAAUGAAGAGACUAGAAGCAAGAAUGAAGAGACUAAAAUAAGCAAAUUGGAAGAACAGGAAGAAGAGAGUACACAAGCAUUUGUGGAGGACUCAGAGUCAAAGUUGAAAAUACUGGGGAACAAAAUUAUGGAAAGGCCCAGAGCUGUUAAACGGGAGACUUACUGUGUGCAGGACAGCCCAGCAUGUCAGCUGCCACCUUGUUUUCUGAAGGCAUCAGAUAAGCCUUUGUCAGAUGGCAAAACACAUGUUCUUCCUACUCCUGCAAGCAGAAGCCCUGUGAAAGUCUGUGUGUCUCCUACAAAAAUUGCCAGUUUGUCUCUGACACAGGAAGAGAAAACUAAAACAGAUACAAAGGCAACUGGCAAACUGCCAAUGGCAAAACCUUCAUCUGCUCUUGGAAAAAGUAAUUUGUUGACUAUUGAAAAGCUCAAAUCAGGAAAAAACAGUCGUAUUUCUACAAAAAGCAUGGGAUCAUCUGAAGAUCUGAUUUCUGAUAAAUCUAGUGCUGCUUCAGAUGUCUUCGAGUCUUCGGUCAGUGGCAGUUCCUCAGCACAAGACACAAAAGUUCUUCCUGCACCAAGUAAGCCUGGCUUAAGGAAGAUGACAUAUCUGAAACCUCCUGGUGUUGCCAGUGGUCUCACAAGAAAGACGACUACAUCAUCAUCUUCAUCAUCAGUUUCCAGCAUGAACUCAAGUCUGAAUUCAAGUUUACCCAUUUCUCCCAUAGGAAAAAAAGGAAAAUCAAGCAUGUCAGCAAACCCUGGUGUGAGUGGCUCUAAGCUUUCAUCUGGCACAAGCAGGCUGGCCUUUGUCAGACCUGCCACAGUGUCAUCUCUGCAGGCUGCCAAUACUGAGAAAUUCAGGAAGCAAGUGAGAUCAGCUAGUACUCCCAAAGUGUCUAGUACUAUGAGCUCAGCUAAAUCUUCAGCUUCUGCAACAUGUUCUGAGGCUGUAAGCAGUGGAAUCCAGAGACUGAGCUCUGCUCCCAGUCUGCAGCAGCUAUGUCAGCAGAAUAAAGAUGGAAGUGCAGCAAAAGGAAGCCUGUGUCCAAAGCCCAAGGCUAGAAUUUUGUCUGUUCCCUUGAGUCAGACUAAGGCUAUGGUGAAAACUGGAGACGCAACACCAAACAAAUUGGCACCAAAAGCAACAUCAUCUCUUGGAUUAACAUUUUGUGGCACACCUGGAAGUGCUAUGGCAGUCAGCACUCCUAUAAAAACCUCAGAAGAUAAGGCAUUUCAGAGUUUUUGUUUUCCUGAGAGGUCUGUCUCCAUGACUCCUGCCAGUCUGAAGCGCUCUGGUUUGCCCACGCCUGUUCGACGUAUCUCAGGAUUCCAAGCAGUGACUCCUAAAACUGUACCUAGAAUGGCAUGUACUCCACGUGCUGCAUCUCUUUGCCAAAGCUCCAGAUUUCCUACCAGAAAGACUCUUACAGCUGGUUCUAAACAGAAAAAAGAGAGUAAGACACAGGUAUCUUCUGAUGAAGAUGAUACAUCUCCACCUGUGCUACCUCUUACACUUAACUUCUCACCAGAAAAAACUGCUACAGAAGUAGUAGAAGAUGAAUUAAAAGAGGCUGAAGUACAAAAUCAGCUCGUGGAAGAGAAGCAACCUGAGGCCUUACUGGUAGAUAUUGGAGUAGACAAACCUCUCCCACAUGCUUCUGAAUGUGAAAGUAGACCUCUGAUUGACCUUUCAAAUACUCCUGAAGUGAGUAAGAUUACUCCUCCAAAGCCUGUAUUUGCAGGGCACAUAAAGCUAAUUGAUUUGAGUUCGCCUCUUAUCACUCUGAGUCCUGAUGUGAACAAAGAAAAUCUGGAUUCCCCUCUACUCAAAUUUUGA